AUCCUUGUAUCUUUCAUUUCUGUUAUUUUAAUAUGCAAAUGUUGACUAAUAACCUUCGUUUCUUAGGCAUAUCCUCCAAACACCUGAAAACAUGACCAAUAGUGACCCAGACACAAAUUUAUUUGAGAAACAAACAAAAGCUCUUGAGGACUGUUCAAAGGAUUACGUUGGACGCCACCAGAGUAAUCUUCUUGAGCUCUGUCAGAAACAGCUUGCUGAGCUGCCGUUUCAUAAUGUUGAUGACAUCGCAGGUGUUUUUGAAAUCAGAGCCAAAAAUGUUGUGAUGUCCAGGUACAAAAAGAGGGGUUGUUACAAAAGUAACAAAAUGAUGGAAAACGGAAAAGAACGUGGACUAAAGUCGCAGUUACAGAGACCUAAUUACUUUGUUUCCAUUCCAAUCACAGACAAACAGGUUUUGAGCAAAAUUGAAGAAAUGCAGAAAGCUAUGAUUUCUAAGGAGAAGAGGCUUCACAAAGCACUGAUUCCUUUGGAGAAGAUGCAUCUUACAGUAAUUGUGGCCAACCUGAAGAAUGAAGAGAUGAUCCAAAGGGCUGCAGACGCAUUAAAGCAAUGCAAAAAUCAACUGGACAUGAUCUUGCUGGGCAGGCUGCCCCAGAUGACAUUUCAUGGGAUCGACCAGUUUAACAAUAAAGUGGUCUACAUCAAAAUGACAGAGGAAGAGCAUCCGGUACUCUGUCAAAUGGCAGAAACUGUGAAAACAACCUUUGAAGAGAUGGGGGUUGAUAUCACCGGAACCAAAGAGUUCAAACCUCAUCUGACCGUUUUGAAGCUAUCCAAAGCACCAGCACUCAGACAUAGGAGGAUAAGGACAAUUCUGUAUGAAGAAUAUGAAGACGUCAUGUUUGGCGCACAGACGUUGACUCGUAUUGACCUCUGCUCAAUGAGGAAGAAACAGGCCUCUGGUCAUUACCACUGUGAGAGCUCGAUUCUCUGGGAUUCCUGUGGUGGAGGUGUUGGGGAAUCGGGUCUUCCGGCCUCCGUGACGCCUCCCUGCGUGGCUGAAGAGGCGGACUCCACGCCCGAUGUUCUCGCUCGAAGUCCGUGUGCAGAACGGGAAUCUGCCCACGACUCGCCCCUGACGCCGACCGCGGAAAACCAAGACCCCUCCGCUGUCGAAAAAACGCGUGAAGGCGAGAACCUGGGCUCGGAGAUGUCUGCUGACGAGAAGACGGAUUCGGCUUCUGUUGAAGCUGUUCCAGACUAAAUCAAAACGACAAAACGCCUUAAGAAAUUCAAUUAGUUGGAUCUAGUGAUAAUAAGAUGCACGAAGUGAGUUUAAUUUGUGAUAAAGAGAAUAUUCAGUAAAAUGACCAUUUUCUUUUUGUGGAGAAAAAAAAUCCAGAAAAUAUAUAGGUUCUAUAUACUUUUUAAGUUACUUCUGUAUGUACAUUGUUGCUCUUCGUUUUACAGGAUGUGAGGGAAUCAUUUUGACAUUUCGGUAAAGAUAGUAUCUUUUUUUUGUAUGUGCCACGAAGUGUAGCAGAUGUGGUUGCAUCAUAUUGAUCAAAAUAUAU